UAAACGGAGUUGGAUUUCUGAACGCAAGAGAGGCUAGUCCGGCCCAUUCCGAGCGUAUGGAAUAGAUAUCGCACAUCGGAAGCGCUGAUCCCAGAUUUCCGAAACUUUCCAAUCCUAUCUGCAAAAAUUGCUUUUUAUUUUCAAAUUCUGCGUAUUUUGAGCUGAUUUCUAUCAGAAAUGGCAACGAAGCUGCAGAUGUUUACUGGAGUACCACUGGCAUCAACACCUCCUACGUCGUUAUUUCAAGUUUGUUCUUCAAGCUCCGAUAGUCUUUACAUGCUCGGGAAACCUCUGACCACGUCGUUCUUCGGUGCCAGAGUUGAAUUUCUGAAAGUUAAAGGGAUAAGGAUUGCUGGCCCCAGCCAAUCUUAUUCUAGACAAGGUGGAGGUGCUCUUGGCACUAAAAUGAACCUCUUUGAUAGAUUUGCCAGAGUUGUGAAGUCAUAUGCAAAUGCAAUCAUUAGCACUUUUGAAGAUCCAGAGAAAAUAUUGGAGCAGGCAGUUCUUGAAAUGAAUGAUGACUUGACAAAAAUGCGUCAAGCUACAGCACAGGUAUUGGCAUCUCAAAAACGGCUGGAAAAUAAAUACAAAGCCGCACAACAAGCUUCUGAAGAGUGGUACCGUAAAGCACAACUUGCUCUUCAGAAAGGUGAUGAAGAUCUUGCUCGUGAAGCUUUGAAAAGGCGGAAAUCUUAUGCAGAUAAUGCCAAUGCUUUGAAAGUUCAACUUGAUCAACAAAAGGGUGUUGUUGAGAACCUUGUCUCUAAUACACGGCUUUUGGAGAGUAAGAUUCAGGAGGCCAGGUCUAAGAAGGAUACUCUGAAAGCCAGAGCUCAAUCUGCAAAGACGGCAACCAAAGUGAAUGAGAUGCUGGGAAAUGUCAAUACAAGUAGUGCUCUUUCAGCUUUCGAAAAGAUGGAAGAAAAAGUGUUAGCAAUGGAAUCAGAAGCUGAAGCUCUUGGCCAGUUGACAACUGAUGAUCUUGAAGGAAAGUUUGCAUUAUUAGAGAGCUCAUCAGUUGACGAUGAUCUUGCAAAUUUGAAGAAAGAACUAUCUGGUAGCUCAAAGAAAGGAGAGCUUCCCCCCGGAAGAAGUGGCAGUAGCAGCACAAACACUGGAAUCCCAUUUCGAGAUGCUGAGAUUGAGAGGGAACUUGAUCAACUAAGGCAAAAGGCAAAGGAUUUCUGAAGCUUGAACACUGCGUUUCUUAAAAUUUGGCCCAGGCAUCGAUUGUCUUUUUGUCACGGAUCAACACUGUACAGCUCAAAGCCGAUCAAGCAAUAUUGUAUAACUAGUGGCUAAAAAUUAAUGGAGCUCAUGUGACAUUGAAACGCCAUCAGUGCGAUAUAAUUGUAAGCCUAAUUUGCGUUACGACGUCCGACCCGUAGCCUUGGUUUAGGAUGAAAUGGAUAAACGGAGUAGCAUAUUCUCAGACCUUACAAUUCUAUCGGUUUUCUAAAACUGAGGAUUUUUCCUCCCCCGCAAGGAUUGUUUUGAAGUGGUAGCUAGUAUCAUGGCCACAUAAGCUUGGCUUUGACUGCAUGAGCGUGUUCGAUAUUCUAGUAUUCACAAGGGUUCCGGCUACUUUUAAUGAGGAAUGUAAAAAUGCUUUCAAAUUUUAAAUAAAGUUUACUUAACGAAUGAA